AUGUCUGAUAAAACCACUGGCUAUCGUCUUGAAUACGCUUCCUCAGCUAGAGCUAAAUGCAAGGGCCCUAAACCAUGCAGCGGAACCGCCAUUAGCAAAGGCGAACUUCGCCUGGGCACGCUCAUUGAUGUGAAGGGCGCCAAAAGCUUCGUCUGGAGGCACUGGGGCUGCAUAACCAAGAAAAUUAUUGAAAACAUGAAGAAGAAUUUUGAAGAGGCUUCAGAACUCGAUGGCUAUGAAGAACUCAAACCGGAUGACCAGGCUCGCGUUACCAAAGCAUGGGAGGAUGGACACGUUGCCGACGAGGAUAUACCCCCUAGUGCCAGGAAACCAGAGAAUGAGGACGACGCGGAGGAGAAGCCUAAGAAGGCUGCAAAGAAGGCACCCGCGAAGAAGAAGGAUGCUGAAGAUGGUAAAGAUGGGGAGGUAGAGGAGAAACCAAAGAAAAAGAAGGCCGCUGCAAAUGGAAAGGAUGGAGAAACAGCAGAGAAACCCAAGAAGAAGGCUGCCGCUCCCAAAAAGAAAGCUGCGCCUGCGAGCGACGCCGAAGAGGAUGAAAUCGACAACGAUGAAGAGGUUAAACCUAAGAAGAAAGCACCUGCUAAAAAGGCUGCAGCUCCUAAGGCAGAACCUAAGGAGAAGGCACCAGCCAAGAAGCGCGUAUCGAAGAAGAAACAGCCGGAGAGUGAUGAAGAGUCCGCAGAGGACUUCUCCAAAGAACUCGGUGACGUCUCUGCUGGCUCUGAUGAAGAUGAAGAUGAAGAGGAAGAAAAGCCAAAAAAGAAAGCACCUGCAAAGAAAGCUCCCGUUGAGAAGAAGGAGAAGGCCAAAGCUGAACCAAAAAAGAAAGCAGCGCCCAAGAAGGACGAAGAUGUAGAGAUGGACGAUGCUGAUGAUGCCGAGGACGGAAGCAGCAAGAAACGCAAGCGCGCUCCUGGUAAGGCUGCAGCGGCCAAACCACCCUCAAAAAAGGCAAAACCGACUUCCAAAGGCACCACUAAACCUGCAUCUAAAGCCAAGAAGACCAAAGAGGUUGUCGAAGAGGACGAAGCGGACGACUAA